AUGAAGGAGAGGUUGACAAACAGGAGGACAAACCAGUUUCGUUCUGGAGGGAGUGCCCCAGCCAGCCAGCCCUACCCUACCCGGCUGGCAGACAGGUCUUCAGGUCAGUACCGAGCAAACUCGCUCGCCCCAUCGCACCUCCUCGCCUCGUCCACUCCACGCUCGUCCGGGAAGAGAAUGCCCGUCCUGUCCACUCUGUCCGGCGGGAGCUCCGACCCGUCCCAGGCCGAAAACACGCAGUGGGAUGGGAAGUCUUACGAGCAGCUGAGGCAGGAAUGCCUCCAGAACGGAGUCCUGUUCGAGGAUCCGGACUUUCCUGCCACCGAUUCCUCGCUCUUCUUCAGCCAGAGUGUCCCCGUCCAGAUUGAAUGGAAGAGGCCCCCGGAGAUUUGUGAAAACCCUCAUUUUAUCGUGGGCGGCGCAAGCAGGACAGAUAUCUGCCAAGGACAGCUCGGGGACUGCUGGCUCCUGGCAGCCAUCGCCUCCUUGACGCUGAAAGAAAAUGCUCUGGCCCGAGUUGUCCCCCACGACCAGGACUUUGGCCGCGGAUAUGCCGGAAUCUUUCACUUCCAGUUCUGGAAACACAACAAGUGGCUGGAUGUGGUGGUGGACGACAGGCUGCCGACGGUCAGAGACAAACUCAUCAUGCUUCAUUCUGCUUCCAACAACGAGUUCUGGAGCGCUCUGCUGGAGAAAGCCUACGCCAAGAUUCAUGGCAGCUACGAGUCUCUGAAGGGUGGCAGCACGAUGGAGGCCAUGGAGGACUUCACUGGUGGGGUGGGAGAAGUAUACGAAACCAAGGCAGCUCCAGAAAACCUGUUCUCAAUCAUGAAGAAGGCUCUGGACCGAGGCUCCAUGAUGGGAUGCUCCAUUGAUAUCACCAGCUCUGCAGAGUCUGAGGCCAAAACUAGCACAGGCCUGGUGAAGGGCCACGCUUAUUCCAUCACAGGCAUGGAGGAGAUCAAUUUUCGAGGUCAGACUGUCCAGCUGAUCCGGGUCAGAAACCCGUGGGGUCAAGUCGAGUGGAACGGACCCUGGAGUGACCAAUCCAGAGAGUGGGAUUACGUGGACAAAGCAGAGAAAAAUCGCAUCCUGCAGAAUGCCACAGACGACGGGGAAUUCUGGAUGGAAUUUGGUGACUUCAAGAGGAACUUUGACAAGGCCGAGAUCUGCAACAUGACUCCCGACUCCCUGACUGACGACACCAAACGCCACUGGGAGGUCAACGUGUUUGAGGGGAACUGGAUCCGGGGUUCGACCGCUGGAGGCUGCAGGAACUACAUCGACACUUUCUGGACCAACCCCCAGUUCAGACUGGAGCUGGUGGAUGCGGACGAUGAUGACGAUGCUCCGGACGAGGAGGACCAAGUGGGGAAGGAUUUCUUCCGCUAUAACCCGUCCAAGGCCCGGAGCAGGACCUACAUCAACAUGCGGGAGGUGUCGGAGCGCUUCACCCUCCCCCCCGGGAAGUACCUGCUCGUCCCCACCACCUUCCAGCCCCACCACGAGGCCAACUUCCUCAUCCGCAUCUUCUCGGAAAAAAAGGCGGACGCAAUGUGA